AUGACGUCUUUUGGAGGUGAGGUUGAUGAUGAUAUUAGUAAGGGUCAGGUCUCACAUAGGCUUGGUUCUUUUUGUCCUGAAGGGCAUAAACGUCCAAGGUUUUUACAGUUGUACAUUGUAGACACAGAAAAUGAGGUUUCCAACAAGCUGUAUGCUUUUAAUAAGCCAUCAAGACCACCGUUAGAUGAGAAAGUUGUUGUAUUGUUGAUGAACAUGUUGAAUGUUCAUAACGAGUAUCGAUAUGGCCCGCCCGCACCUGGUACUCUCGGUUGCGUUGUUUUUGGUGAUGAUUCUGUAACAAACAAGUAUGAUGUUAUUGUAUAUGCAAACUCUGGAAAUCCACAACGAAUUAGCAAGCUUCAUCCCAGUUACAUGGCAUUGCAAUAUCCUUUGCUUUUCCCUUAUGGAGAGGGAGGGUGGUCUCCACGCCUGAAAUUGGUGGCUGAACCAAGUAAUGAUGUGAAGAACUUAACGCAACAAUUGAGAUUAGAGUAUGUGACUGGAGUCUAUGAUGUUAUUUCUAGGGGAGAUGUCGACAGUCGGUCUAUUGGGAAGCGUGUAUUGUUACCUCCCUCUUUCGUAGGUGGUCCACGUUAUAUGUACAACCACUAUCAAGAUGCUUUAUCCAUUUGUAGAGAGUACGAGACCCCGCAGUACUUUAUCACUUUUACGUGUAAUGUUAACUGGCCUGAGAUCAAACGGUAUAUGAUACGUCAUAGCCAAACGGAUGCACAUAGUAGAGCUGACAUCAUUUCUCGUGUCUUCCGUAUAAAGGUCAGAGCACUUAUCAACUUUUUGAAAGAGGAUAAGACAUUUGGCGUAGUGACAGCCCAUUUGUACACAGUUGAGUUUCAAAAGAGGGGUCUACCACACUAUCACACUCUUUUAUGGGUGUGUAACUCAGACAAAAUACGAGAAGCUGCUGACAUUGACAGAUUCAUCAAUGCUGAAAUACCAGACCCAGUCAAUGAGCCGCUGUUAUACCACACUAUUACAACCUCUAUGAUUCAUGGACCAUGUGGUUUGUUAAAUAUAAAAUCUCCAUGUAUGAAAGAUGGCAAAUGCAGUAAACGGUAUCCAAAACCAUUUUCUGAUUCCACUGUCAUUGACAAACAAGGUUAUGCGCAUUAUAGAAGGAACACUUUAGCACGUCAUACGUUACAAAAUGGUAUUGAGAUAGAUAAUGGAUAUGUUGCCCCAUAUAAUAAAUGUCUAUGUAAUCGUUUUAAUGCGCAUAUCAAUGUUGAAUAUUGUGGUUGGAACAUGAUGAUAAAGUACUUAUUCAAGUAUGUUUCAAAAGGUAUGGAACGGGCAAAGUUUGUUAUUAAGAAGGAUGUCUAUGAUAGAACUACUACUUCUUCACAAGAGAUUGUGGUUGAUGAAAUACGAAGUUUUAUUGACGGUCGAUAUAUCUGUCCACAUGAGGCUGCUUGGGGUAUAUUGAAUUUUUCAAUACACGAACGUGAUCCGCCAGUGGUGAUACUACCAGUUCACUUACCGAACAUGCAAACAGUUUAUUUUAAAGAAGACAGUCGAAUUUCAGAUGUUGUACACAAUGCGUCUUUUGGAAGUAGUUUGCUUCUUGGAUGGUUUGAGAAUAACAAAUGGGACAAAGGUGGGUUGGAUCUAACGUAUGGAGCUUACCCUUCAAAGUAUGUGUGGAAUAAGCGUGCAAAAAGGUGGAAAUUAAGAGAGCGGAUAACAUUACAUGCAAUAGGUCGAAUUGCAUUUGUACACCCAUCCGAUGGAGAGUUGUUUUACCUUCGGAUGUUACUUUUCCAUCAGAAAGGUUGCAAAUCCUAUGAAGAUGUUCGCACUGUUCAUAACAAACUCCAUCCUAAUUUUCGCAGCGCGUGCGAUGCUUUGGGUCUGAUUGGAGAUGACAAGGAGUGGCUGCUUGCCUUUACACAAGCAUCAAACUGGGCAACCUCCGCACAACUACGGUCUCUAUUUUGUCACUUGCUCAUUCUUUGCGAAGUUAGUGAUCCCAUCUCCUUAUGGGAAACUGGGUGGCGUGCCAUGAGUGACGACAUACUAUAUAAUUUGAAGAAACACAAUCCUAACACAAAAUUAUGUGUAAGUGAUGUCCAUAUGCAACAGUUGGUCUUAUUAGAGGUAGAAAAAGUUCUUCGCUCAUGCACACCAUCAAAGUCAGUAGCUGAUUUCAAUCUACCAUUGCCAUCAGAUCACGUUGAAACGUUUUUCCAAAAUCGUUUGCUUUUGGAAGAAACAAGUUAUGAUAGAGAAGAGUUGUCCAGCCAACACAAAAUAAUGGUGUCUCGCCUAAACAGUGAACAACUUAACAUUUACAACUUAGUUGUAUCCACACACAAUAAUGGCAAUCAGGUCUUAUUCUUUAUAUACGGGCAUGGUGGAACUGGGAAAACAUUCCUUUGGACAACGUUGUUAUCUUAUUUUCGCUCGAUUGGAAAAAUUGCACUGGCUGUUGCUGUUUCAGGUAUUGCAUCCUUGCUUUUGCCUUCAGGAAGAACGGCUCAUUCCAGGUUUAACAUACCAAUUGACUUGUCAAAUAAAUCAGCAUGCGACAUUAAAAAGAAAACUUUCUUAGCAGCCCUGUUAAAAGAAACAUCAAUCAUCAUAUGGGAUGAGGCCCCUAUGAGCGAAAAACGGUGUUUUGAAUGUUUAGACCAUUCUUUAAGAGAUAUCCUCGACUGUGACAGUAAGGUUUUUGGUGGGAUGUCGGUGCUAUGGGUGGUGAUUUCCGUCAAACAUUACCUGUAUCUCCAAAAAGCAGUAGAUGGCAGAUCGUUGCUUUAA